AUGAGGAGAGCGGUCCUGAAAGAAGCCGCAAAACGCUUCCCCUGGCUCGCCAACGUCACUUUGUACGGCUGCUUUUUCGCCGGCGGCGACCUGGUCCAUCAGCUCAUCGCGCAGGAGGAGCGCAUGGACUGGAAGCACACUCGCGACGUGGCCAUUGUAGCCGUCAGUUUCCAUGGAAACUUCAAUUACUUCUGGCUGCGCGCCCUGGAGAGGCGUUUUCCCGGGAAGUCCGCGGCGAUGGUGUUCCGCAAACUCCUGUUGGACCAGAGCUUCGCGUCGCCUUUGGCCACGAGUGUCUUCUACACAGGAGUGAGCUUCUUGGAGGGAAAGGAGGACAUCUUUGAAGACUGGAGGGAGAAGUUCUUCAACACGUGGAAGACCGGACUCAUGUACUGGCCAUUCAUGCAGUUUCUAAACUUCGUCCUCAUGCCGUUGUACUUGCGGACGGCCUUCAUGGGCUGCUGCGCCUUCCUCUGGGCCUCUUUCCUCUGCUUCUCGCGGCAGAGCGGCGACGGAACCGCCGCAGUGGCAGUGGCCUUCGUCAUGGACCCCCGCAAGACCCUGUUGGAGAUGCGUGAGGCCCGGCUGGCCCGGAAGAAGCAACCGACCCAGAGAGAGAACUAGAAGGGGAGGAAGAGGAGGAGGAAGAGUAAGAGGAGGAGGAGGAGGAUGUCUUUCAGUCAUCUUUCCAGAGGGGUUUCCACUUUGGUUCUUGGUUGGAAAAAGGAAAAACUUUUCUCUCCCAAAUUCGCACACAUCAGUUGACUGAUGUGGUGAUAUAACUUUUUAAUAACAUUUAAUUCAUGUGCUGAAUAUUUAUGAUUGUAUUCUGACCUUUUCCUGCCUGACGACUAGAUACUAUUUACCCAGAAAUACACUUUGGGUAAAGUCUGAAAGCAUUUAGGGGAAAGCAGGGGGCGACCUUUGGAUCUGCAGUGAAGCUAAAGCAUUGUGUGUAAAUCCUGCAUUC